CCAAUUCCUCUUUCAUCUGUAUCUCUAACCUAGAGAGAGGCACUGUAUGUCUGCAACUCAGUAAACGGACGAUACAGCGAGCAGAGAAGAAUACUUCCAAACAAGAUUUUUCUAAGAAGAUCGAUCAUGUUUCUUCCUCAUGAAUUGAUUAUCGAAAUCUUACUGAGAUUGCCGGUAAAGUCUCUUUUGCGUUUCAAGUCUGUUUGUAAGUUAUGGUUUUCUCUCAUCUCUCAUGAUCCUCACUUUGCUAAUUCACAUUUUCAACUUAGCUCUGCAACUCCCAAUCGUAGAAUUCUAUUAAUAUCAUAUAAAACUCAUGAAUCUCUAUCCAUCGAUUUUGAAGCAUCGCUUGACGAUGACAGCGCUUCUGUUCCACUCAACCUUGAUUAUAUGUUUCUAGAGGAUUCUACAAAUUUUGAAGUUACAGGGUCAUGUAGAGGCUUCGUACUUAUCCGCGGUUCCUUAAACAUCUAUCUAUGGAAUCCAACCACUGGAGUUCACAAACAAAUACCUUUAUCUCCUUUUGGUUCCAAAUAUGGUUCCAAUUUAGACGAUAAUUAUUUCUAUGGUUUUGGGUAUGACCAUUCAACCGAAGAUUACUUGGUUGUUUUAAUGUCUUAUCAUUAUUCAGAUGAGCCUACAUUACACUUGGAGUACUUCUCAUUGAAAGCUAAUACAUGGAAACAAGUUGAGGGUCCUCACUUCCCUUAUAGCUCCGAGAUUGAGCCCACAGGUGGUUUGCUCUAUAAGGGAGCUAUUCAUUGGUUGGCUUAUCGUGAUGAUUUACGAAGUGAUGUUAUUGUUGCAUUUGAUUUAAUGGAAAGGAAACUUUCAUAUAUGCAUUUGCCACAUGAUUCUGACGGUGAUCCUUUGCAAUGUGGUGGUUUGUGGGUAUAUGGAGAAUAUCUCAGCGUAUAUACUAUGAAUGAUACUGAUGAUAAAGUUGAAAUAUGGGUGAUGAAAGAGUACAAAGUGAACUCCUCUUGGACUCUUGUUCUUACUAUUGAUCUCAGCGUUUGCCCAAAUAUGGCCUUUUCUCCAUUGUGCUGUACAAAAAGUGGUGAUAUAAUUGGGGCAGGUGAACGCGAUAGAUUGGUGAAGUAUGAUAAAAAUGGACAGUUUCUCGAGCUACAUUCUUAUCCUAAAUACGAUCUUAUAUGGAAAAUGACUAUGUAUAUAAAUUCUCUGCUUUCACUCCCUGGUGAUGGUGAUAACAAGCAAGCUUGAGAAGAUGACAGAAACAAGAAGAAUGAGGUUACGAAAUAUCCCCCUUCACUAUUUUCUUGAUAUUUAUAAUGAACUAGAUCAUAACUCAUAAUGUAACAAUGGCUAUGUAUGUAUAGUCUUUGCAGUGAAGUGUUUAAGUAGAUGAGGUUCUUCUGAAUCAUAUGUUUGAAUGGUAACAAAUUGACAAUUUUGUUUGUAUGAUUCACUGUUAUUUAUGUAUGUAGCUGGAUUUUAUUCUAAUAUAUGUUUUGAUUAUUGCUUGAAAUUGUUUUAUAAGAUAAAUUAUUCCAAUGAGUUUAGCAGAUUGUAUACUGUUUGAAUUUUUAUAGCUAUCUACGUUCUUGUAUUAGACCCUGAUGGAAAAAACUUGACUUGGCUGAACUGAGUCCUAACAAACUAGCGAAGGCUUCCAAAAGAGCUAAUGAAAAUGAUUUGAGUUCUAAUUUAUAUUGUAGUGGCUAGGGGUGCUCAAAACCAAACCAACCCAAUAGAAAACCGCAAACCAAACCAAACCAAACCGAAACCGCAAAAAACCGCAUUUGGUUCGGAUUAGUUUGGGUCAUUUUUUAACAAAACCGCACGGUUCGGUUCGGUUUGCGGUUUGUAUUUUGUAAACCGAACCAAACCGAAUCAAACCGCAUUAUGUUACAACCUAUAUUUUACUUAACUCACAUUCAACCCAAAAUUAAACCUAUUAUACAUUAGCCUUAUCAAUACGAACAAUUUUCUCAUCCUUACACAUAUAAUUUCAGUCCCAAUCUUCUCAAAUCUCUAAUAACACUAUUUCACCUUCUUUGCUACAUACAUCUUCCAUCUUCUUCUAUAAUAUUUACUCUCCUAUAUUCUUUCUUUUUCACCUUCUCAUUUUUAUGUAAAUGUUCCGUAUUUCAGUUUCAUUUUUAUCGCACGUCUUCUUCUCUAAUCUCUCAACACUUUUUCUUUUUCUUUUUCACCUUCACUAAUCUUUCGUCUCUUCUAUUUUUUUGUUUCAUUAUAAUAAUUUUAUAUUGUUUUAUGCUAUUAUUUUAUGUUUAAUAUUCCACUUUUGUCUAAUUUAAUUUUUACAUAUUACAUGGAAAAUUGUUGUCAAAAUAUGACGAGUUUUGUUGUUAUUUGUUAGUGUAUGAAUGUCUAAAUAUAAAAUUAUGUUGUCAUAUAUAUGUGUAUGUAUGACUCAAUAAAAUAUUUGUAAAAAACCGAACCAACCGAACCGAACCAAACCGCAUUAGUUUGGUUUGGGUUGGUUCGGAUUUUUUUUAGAAGUCAACCGAACCAAACCAAACCGCACUAUUUUUUCUCUUGCGGUUCGGAUGAUUUUUUUUGUCAAAACCGUCCAAACCGCACCGCGAGCACCCCUAGUAGUGGCUGCUAGAAAUUGUUUAAUAUAAUUAAAUAUAUGAUGAGUUUAUGCAUAUUGAGAAAGAUCAAAAUCAAAAGUACAAUUACAUGUCGGAGUGGAUAACACAUAUAUUCCACUUGAAGUCACCUAUCGGUAAUCCUAUUAUAUAUGCUGUGCAAAAGUGGUCUUUGCUUUCAUCAUAUAAUUUAUGAAAAUUUUACAAGACCUUCCAAGUGUGUUUGUAAGUCGUGGUUUUCUCUUAUAUCUCAUGAUCCCCACUUUGCAAAUUCCUAUUUUCAACUUAACUUUGUAACACACAUUGGUAGAAUUCUAUUAAUAGAAACUUCAACUCAUGAAGCUAGAUCUAUAGAUUUUGAAGCAUCCCUGACCGACGAUUCUGCUUCUACUUCACUCAAUCCUAAUUUUAUGCAUCCUCGUUCUUUAUUUUUAUUGAAAUUAAAAGUUCAUGCAAAGGGACUGUUUUUCAAACGUGUAUCUAUGUAAUCCAUCCACUGGAUUUCACAAUAAAUACCUUUGUCCCCUAUUGAUUUUGAUUUCUAAUGUUUCUGUUUUCUAUAUGGUUUUGCGUAUGACCAUUUAAUGGAUAACCACUUGGUGGUUUCAAUGUCCCAUGAUUCAAAUGCAGUUGUAAUUUCAUCACAUUAAAUUUUUUUCUCAUUGAGAGCUAAUACAUGGAUAGAAAUCAAGGUUGUUCAUUGGUUGGCUAAUCGUAGUGAUUUAUCGAUAAAUGUUUUGUUUCUUUUGAUUUAAUAGAAAGGAAAUUCUUAGAGAUGUUGCCAGAUGAUUUUGAUCAUGAUCCUACACCUAUAGUGAUUUGUGGGUAUUUGGAGAAUUUCUUAGUCCAUGGGCUGUAGGAGAGGAUACCGUUGAAAUAUGGGUUAGGAAAGAAUACAAAGUGCAUUCGUCUUGGAUUAAGACUCUUGUACUUCCUCUUGAUGACGUUCUCACUCAGUAUUUUUCUCCGAUGUGCUGCUGUACAAAAAGGGGUGAUAUUAUCGGAACAAAUGGUGGUACUGGAUUGGUGGAAUAUGAUGACAAAGGGCAAAUGGUAGAGCAUCGUUCCUAUUGUAACGAUCUACGUGGAUCUCAAGUGGCCAAGUAUAUAGAGUCUCUGCUUUCAUUCCCCUACGAUAAUGAGCAAGCUUAAAUAGAUAACACAAAGACAGAGGUAGUGAAAAAUUCGCCUUCAUCUUUUUCUUAUAUUUAUAAUUAUGUUGUAUUAUGAACUCUUGGCUGGCUGUAUUUGUAGGGUAAUAUGGCCCAGUAUGCCACAUGAGCUAUUGUAAUAGAUUUAUUGAAAAUGUUUACAGUUUUGUUUGGUGGUUUACUGUUAUUCCUUGAA